AUGCCGCUGAGAUCCAUUUCUGUCUGCCCUGCCGCUGCUGCCGCCCACAAACCGCCCGAUUUCGCUCUCCACCCCCCCGACCGUGUGCGGCUUCCAACCGCCCAACGCUGUCACACCCCCUGCCCCCUCAUGCCAUCUGCUCCCCGUGCCCCUAACCUCCGCAUGCCCGCCCCCUUGCCUCCUCCUUUGACCCUCCCCGUCCCCCUCGCCGUUCCCCACCGCCCGCCAUUCGUUCCUCCCCGCCCGUGCCCUCCCCUCGUUUACCUUCUCCUCCCCCCUCCCCUCCUCCGCUGCACGCGUCUUCCUUCCCCUCGUCAACCUACUCCACUCCCUGCCCCUCCUCAAUCCGCACCCUGCCCCUCGUUUCUCGGCCCCCUGCGCUUGGUUUCUCCCCUCCCUGCCCCUCGCUGCCUUUCAUCGCUCCCCUCCUCCCCCCUCUCCCCGCUCCCCCACUCUCCCCCCCUUGUCCUUGGCUUCCCACCUCCCUGCCCCAUGUUUCCCCCCUCUGUGUGCUCAGCCUCUCCCUCCUCCCCGCCCUGCCCCUCAUUUUCCGCUCCCCCUUUGCCCGGUUUCUCCCCUCGCUGCACCUCCCUUUCUUUCUCCGUGCCUCUCCCUUGUUCCCUCCCUGCCCCUGGCCGCCCAUGCCCCUGUCCUUGGUUUCUCCCCUCCCUGCCCCACGUUUCUCCCCUCCCUGCCCCACGUUUCUUCCCUGUCGAGGCGGAGGCUGGCCCGACCGCUCCCGCUGCUGUUCCGUCUGCUCCGCCUGCGUCACCAGGCUCCCUGGCUCCCCUUGGCGAGCCGUCGGCGUCUGCCCCUGCUGGGGGUGUUGCUGAACCCCCUGCAUCUGUCCCUGGCGCCCGUGUUGCGCCGAGCGCAUCUGCCCCCUGCCUACCUGCGCAGGUCUCUGCUUCGUCACCAAAGGCGGCGUCCGCCACCACUGGUGAACCGGCUCCGUCGGUUGCGCCUGCGGUGAUGGGUCAGUCUGCUCCCGCUGUGACGGCGGUGGUUCCUGCAGGCCAACGUUCACGCCCUCCGUCGCCUGACCGUCGCUCGUCGCGGCCCCAUUCCCCCGCUCCCCACCAGGAACGCAAAUCAUCUCGUCGCCGGCGUGAGUCUCCACGGCGGUACCAGCAACAGUCGCGCUGGCCUGCUCACCCCGGGGGUCGCGGGGAUUGGAGGGGUUCCCGUGCUCGUGGCGGGGGUGGGGGGUAUCGCCCGCCUGUGACGAUGGCGGAUCUUCAGCGGGAAGUGUCGAGGGCGGUUCGGGAGGAGAGGGCGGCGCAGAGCCAGAGCAGUUUGCUGCGCGCCUUGCCAGCCCGCGAGGCUCCCCGUCCGGCUGCGCUCCCCCCAAACCCGCAGCCUGUUGCUGCGCCUACCCCCAGAUCCAGGCGCUGCCAGCUCCUUCUCCCGCUGUAUCGGCGCCUGCUCCCGGCUCUCGGUUAG